AUGCUGAGAUAUAAUUUCUACUUACAAAAGAUACUUAAAAGAUCUUUUAUUAGAUGUACAAAUAAUGUUCAUACUUCAUCCUCCCAAAAAAAUAUUUUUUCUAAUGGAAAUUAUUCAUUAUCAACUCUUCUGGAAUUUAAUACUUUUGAUACUGGAAAUCGCAACUUGUCGAGGGGCAUCAAAUUAAAGAAUAUUGAGAUGCCUCCACCAUAUAUACCUCCUGGUACUCAAUAUGCCAAAGAGGUAACAUUGGUUGCUGAGGAGAUUUCCAAAAAAGAUAUUGUAAUUAUUGGAAUUGAACAUCAUAGUUUGUCAAAAUUUAAUAAAUUAUCAUUAUUUAUUGAUGAAUUUAUUAAAAACAAUAAUGUUACUGAUAUAAAUACCAAAUAUUCAGUUGUUCCUGAAAUGGUUAUGAAAAGAAUUGCUUAUGCUUAUCAAAGAGAAUCUAUUGACGUUUUAGUUUUUGUUAAAGGUAAUUGUAUUGGUACUGAUAGUGAUUUAGAAAAAUUCCAUGAUUCUGGAUUACUUUUAAAAGCACUCCAACCAAAAGAUUAUGAUAUUAUUGUCAUUGGAGGAGGAUCUGGUGGACUUGCUGCAUCAAAAGAAGCUGCUGCUUGUGGAAAAAAAGUUGCCGUACUUGAUUUUGUCAAACCAUCACCUUUUGGUACAACAUGGGGACUUGGUGGAACUUGUGUUAAUGUUGGUUGUAUACCAAAAAAGUUGAUGCAUCAGGCUGCUUUAUUGGGACAUUCUAUUAGUGAUGCCAGAAAAUUUGGAUGGUCAGUACCAAAAGAUGGUAUUUUAUUAGAUUGGGUUAAGAUGAAAGAUGCCAUUCAGGAUCAUAUAGCUGGAUUAAAUUGGAAUUAUAAAGUUCAAUUAAGAGAAAAAGAUGUUAAGUAUAUUAAUGGAUAUGGUGAAAUAACAGGUCCAUAUGAAGUUACAGCAACUGACAAAAAAAAGAAAAAAACUGUUUUGACAGCUGAUAAGAUACUUAUUUCAGUUGGUCUUCGACCAAAAUAUCCUGAUAUUGAAGGAGCAAAAGAAUAUGGUAUAACAAGUGACGAUUUAUUUUCACUUUCAUAUAAUCCAGGAAAAACUUUGUGUGUUGGUGCUUCUUAUGUUUCAUUAGAAUGUGCUGGUUUUAUUAAAGGUAUUGGUAAUGAAGCUGAUGUUAUGGUUAGAUCAAUUUUAUUAAGAGGUUUUGAUCAGGAUAUGGCAGAAAGAAUUAGAAAACAAAUGACUGAUGAAGGAAUUAAAUUUAUUUCUGCUGUUCCAACAAAAAUUGAAGAAAUAAAACCAAGAAGUGAUGAUUUUCCUGGUUUAUAUAAAGUUUAUGGUGUAGGUGUUAAGGAUGAUGGAAGUAAAGAAGAAUUUGUUGGUGAAUAUAAUACUGUUCUUUUUGCUAUUGGAAGAGAAGCAAAGACAUUUGAUAUUGGUAUUAAAAAUCAAAAUGUUUUAAUGAAUGAUAAUGGAAAAAUUGUUGGAUUAAAUGGUGGUGAACAAAGUGUAAGUGUACCAUAUAUUUAUGCUAUAGGUGAUGUACUACAAGGUUGUCCAGAAUUAACACCUGUAGCUAUACAUGCCGGAAGAUGUUUAAUGAGAAAACUUUUUAAUGGAACAUUAGAAAUAACAGAUUAUGAUAAAAUACCAACCACUGUUUUUACACCAUUAGAAUAUGGAUGUUGUGGAUUAGCUGAGGAAGAUGCUAUAAAAAUUUAUGGAAAAGAUAAUGUUAAUGUUUAUCAUAAUGUUUUUACACCAUUAGAAUAUACUGUUCCGGAGAAGAAGGAGACUAAACAUUGUUAUUUAAAACUUAUUUGUUUAAAGAAUGAACAUGACAGAGUUGUUGGUUUUCAUAUUUUAUCUCCAAAUGCUGGUGAAAUAACACAAGGAUUUGCUAUAGCAUUAAAAUUGAAUGGAAGAAAAGUAGAUUUUGAUAAUUUAAUUGGAAUCCAUCCAACAGUUGCUGAGUCAUUUACAACAUUAACAAUUCUUAAAAAAGAAGGUUCUGAUGAACUUAAGCAAACUGGUUGCUGA